AUGUUUACCAUCGCAAGUACCCCGGCGAAGCAGAGCGUCUCGGAGACCAUCUCGACCUUAGCCUCGAGGCUUUCCAGCUCCACGCUUCUCGAAGACAGGCGCGCCGCUAUCCUUGGUUUGCGUUCCUUCGCAAAGGAAUACCCAGCUUCAGUCGCGUCAGAUGCUCUACGGGGGCUGAUCGCUAGCCUGACCAAAGAUGGCGAAGAUGUGGACACCGUCAAGGUUGUUCUGGAAACGUUGCUGAUGCUCUUCAGUCCCAAUGAGAAUAGCCCAGAAGCCUCAGAAGAGAUUGCUCUCUGGCUUGCAGAUGAAUUCACACAGCGGCAAGAUAAUAUUACUCUACUCCUAGACUUUCUGGACACGAAUGAUUUCUAUUCACGCCUCUACUCUCUACAGCUACUAUCACACAUCUUAGCGUCCCGAACCGAACGAACGGAGGAAUGUAUAUUCACGGCUCCUUUAGGGAUAUCACGAUUAGUCGCUGUGUUGGAUGAUAGAAAGGAGGCAGUUAGAAACGAAGCACUCUCGUUGCUGACUUAUUUGACUCCAAGUUCUUCUGAGCUCCAAAAAUUGGUCGCAUUCGAAAAUGUCUUCGAUCGAAUCUUUAGCAUCAUCAAGCUGGAAGGGUCUCUUUCCCAUGGCGACAGGAUAGUGGAGGACUGCUUAAUCCUUCUAGCGAAUCUCCUUCGGCUCAAUGUGUCCAACCAAUCGUUCUUUCGUGAAACAGGGUGUGUGCCUAAACUUGCACGAUUACUGAAGGAUGCGCUUGGCGACGAAGGCACGGAGGAAGAAGUGGCAGAAUGGGCAAAAGUCCAGAGGAAUAGGAAUAUAUACGCUCUUUUGGCCGUCCUUAGAUUAUUCCUUGUCACGGGUGGUGUUGGCACACGGGCAAAUCAAGCAUCGUUCUGGCAACAUGGUGUCGUGACGUUGGUACUUCAGCUAGCAUUCAAUCGUUCAACAGAAAUGCAGAUCAAAUCAGAGGCUUUAAUAACCUGUGCAGACCUAAUUCGGGACAAUCCCAGUCUCCAAGAAUCGUUUGCGCAGCUACAAGUUACAUCAGUGCUUGAUGAACCCGUGGAUGAGAGUAGUCAAGCUAGCCAACAGAAUGGGAUCCCCAAAGUGUACGUGAUCGAUGGCUUGCUAGAUCUCACAUUAAGCGUCCCCUCACUCUCGGCCUUCGACUCACGACUUGCGGCAUGUGAAUGUAUCAAAGCCUACUUCUUCAAUCAUCCCGCAAUCCGGAAGCAUUUCCUUCGACGCGCAAUUGAUGGGCAUACAUCUGGGGCUGACGAAACUGCCAAUGUUCUAACAACUCUUCUACAACCGUUGGAUAGUCAUGUUUCCAGUGACCCAUAUCGAUAUUGGCUUGCAGCAGUCAUUAUAUUUCACCUAAUAUACGAAGAUCCGGACGCGAAGAGUUUAGCCAUGAGUGUUUCCGAAGGCGAUUCCUCAACGGGCGAAGAAGUUGUCACGUGUAUCCAAACAAUAGCAGCAAACUUGAUCAUUGGGAUUCAAAAGAAUGUUGAUGAGCGAGUUCUAGUUGCUUAUUUGAUGUUAUUAUGCGGCUGGCUUUUUGAGGACCCUGACGGUGUCAAUGACUUCUUAGGUGAAGGCAGCAAUAUCCAGAGUCUGAUACAGGCUGCCCUCCACACAGGACCUGAAGGGGUUCUGGUCCCAGGGCUCUGCGCUAUGCUUCUAGGUAUUAUCUAUGAGUUUUCUACAAAGGAUUCCCCGGUUCCCAGGGAGACUAUACAUUCUAUUCUCGCGUCACGCUUAGGUCGGGAUCAGUAUAUCGAUCGGCUUAUGAAGUGGAGAGGCCAUCCCUUGCUACGGGACUUUGAAGUCCUUCCGCAGAAACUCAGCUCUGCCCCUCAGGGAGGACUUCCGGAUGUUUUCUUCGACAAGACAUUUGUAGAGUUUGUCAAGGACAAUUUCAGCCGUAUGCUUCGAGCAAUUGACCGCGACCCGGGAUUUGAAGUUCCUGUAAUUGCAAAUGGAGUGACAAAAGGCAUCUCUCGGGAGAUGGUGGAUUCACUCCGAUCGCAGCUUGAAGAAAAGACGAAAGCCCUUGAAAAGGCCGAGGAUGAACUUUUGUCAACUGGGAGGCAGCUAGGUCAGGACCAGGCUGAUCACCGACGGGCGAAAGAAACUUUUAAUGUCGAACUUACAAGAAUAAAGAACGUCAAUGAUAGCCUUCAACGGCAUCAUGAUGAUGAGAUGAAUAAAAUCCGAGCCGACCAAGAGAAAGUCGCCCAGGACCACCAAAGACAGCUUGAGCAUGUGCAAAAGACAAACGAAGCCAAUGCCGAGCGCACACGGAAGCGAAUGGAGGCCGAAAUUUCGGAUCUCAAAAGCAACAUCAGCAAGUUGGAAGCCGAUCUCUCAAAAGCAAACAAAAACCAUCUUCAAGACCUCCAAACGGCACACGACGAGUACACAGCUAACCAGAAAGAGCAAACUGCACGUUUACAACGAGCGGAAGAGAAAGCAAAGGAAGCGGAAGAGCGGGGCCAAUCAGCCAGCAAAAGGGCCACCACAGCCGAAAGCGCGUUAGUCGAAAAGGAAAAGGAGAAACAAGCCAUCCAAAGCGAGCUUGAUGACCUAUUGAUGGUCUUUGGGGAUCUGGAGGAUAAGGUUACUAAGUACAAGGACCGCCUUAAAGAAUUGGGGGAGAGUGUGUCGGAGGCUGAGGACGAUGAUGAAGAUGGAGAUGAAGAUGCUGACGACGACGAUGACAAUGUUGAUUAA